AUGGAGCGACCAUCUGGUCCGCUGGGAACGGCCACCCAGUCGACUGGCCGGCCGCUGGACAGCAAUGGUUUCCCAAGGCCACCUCCCCUGAACACUGUUCGAAGGCUCCCGAAUGCCACCACCGUACGACAUGCAGCAUCAAACUCUUCGCUAUCCUCGCAGAUCCCUAUCUCUGCGGCGCAGGUGGUAGCACUUGCCCGCGAAGCAAUGAAGAAUGCCCUCGAUGAGAACCAGACGAAAGCUGCCGAGGCCAGCGGUGUGAGUAAUGAGCUGAAGCCAGGCGUGACUAUCGACUUGAGCCACAAGCAAAUCCAGAGGUUCCCGGAGGAAGUCGUUGAUAUAAUAAAAAAUGAACUUGAAAGACUUGCGCUGUCACACAACCUAAUAUCCACAUUCCCCUCCAGAUUCGCGGAAUGUACCUCCUUAAGAUACCUAAACGUUCGCAACAACGUCAUCCGCGAAUUCCCUCAAUCUCUGACCUCCCUCGAAAUUCUCGAUCUCAAAGGGAAUAAGCUUAAGAUCUUGCCUCCCGAACUGAUCAAAUUGGCUUCACUCAAAGUCCUGUCUGUCCAGAAAAACCGAAUAGAGACACUGCCUCUCUGCCUGGCGGAUAUGGCCUCUCUCCAAGUACUAAAGUUGGAUGGCAACCCUGUUCGGUUCCCUCCCAAGGAAAUCCUUCAACCUCAAGCAUCGAGCCCCCCGAACGGCGGAUUACAAGAGAACGAGAUAGAUGAGAUUUCGGUUACAUCCCAGAUUAAGAGAUACCUGAGACAAAAAGCUAUAUUCGAUCGUUCAGAGACUGAGUCUGGCGGUGAAGAAUCUAGCGAGGGUACCGAGACUCCUCGGCCCAUGAAGCGGGUUAUGAGUGGCAGAUUUCCGAUCAAAGUCAAUGGGGCUGAGGUCCCUGAUCUGCGAUCACCGGCACUUCCACGACCACCUCCAAUUCCCUCGCGUUCUCACUAUAGAGGCCUCUCUCAGCAAAAUGCAGCUCUUCGACGGCCGGGCGUCAUGCCUCUCACCAUCAACAACGCGAAUGAACGGCUUCGGAGUAACAGCGAGUCUUUAUUGCAAGCGAACCGAGAUCGCUCUGCUGACCGCUCGAGACGAAUGGGUAUAGUCUCAAAGAAGUCGGCAGAACUAGAUACUGUUGAAGAAGCAAAAACCAAUCGAUAUAGCCAUUACAGAGGUCUCAGUCAUGGAUCCGCCAUGCAGGCCGGUACCAAUGGCACAAAUGGCACCAAUGGAACUAUUAACUCCAGGAGUCCUGCUAGUCCAGCAGACUCGGCAGCUCAAAGAGCAACCUAUGUGCGACGUCUGUCGAGCCUUCCCGAACGCAAGCGAGAAUCCCUAUCACCUGAUCCUGUUGUUGAAGCAGCGAAGGGAAUAUUGUAUGCAUUAUUUCAGGUUCACCCCUUAAUUCAAAGCCUCCUGGGUGUAGCUCGGGAUGGCACAAACAAACGAACCAGCCUCGAGAGGGUCUUCUACAAUGCUACAACACACGUCGAGGAGCUUGAUCGGCAUAUCCAGAAUUACAUUACAUACUCGGAGGAAGAUGAAGAGGUAUCGCCUCGCUCGAAUGAGAAUGUUCGUCGAGCAACUUUGACCUGUGUCAGUGCUUACAUGCACGUCUGUGGUCUUCUCUCAAGAAACGUCGAAACCUUACUCGAAAAUGGAGACCCUCGCUAUAUUCGUACGUUGUUACUUCUCGUUUAUGGCACAACAGCGGAAGUGCGGAAUGCUGGCUCGAGUGUCUUUUUAGAGGAGAGUAGGGAGACAUCAAGAGCAUUGGAAUCGGUUGAUGAAAACGCCAGGUUCCAGCCACGAGACAAAUCCAUCACCCCAACCCGUGAGAGGCCAGGCACAGGUUCGAGGAUCAGGAGUGCUACGGUCGUUCAACAUCCCAGCAACCUUCAAAUAACCACAAAUGCCCCACCUCCUUUCAUGAACGGUGCCUUGCGGUCUGCAACUAUGACAAGUGCCACUCCGCGGUCUGGAGAGUCAUUUGCAUCAUCAGCUAGCAGCAAAACGAGCGGAGACUUCACUGAAGAAGAUAGAAUCUUUGAGAAGAUCUUCUUGCGCCUGCAACAGUCUUCUGAGAUGGCUCUCAAGACACUUCCAAGCGUCAGCAGUAAUUUCUUUACGGCGAUGAAGAUCAACAGUCAACAGUCAAAUCCGGAUCAGCCUAAACAAUUCUGGCAGGUGCUGAUCCAGAAGUGUUCCAUCUCAUUACAAAACGCGGAAGCCCUGAAAGCUCGACUGUCAACGAUCAAGCUCAAAGAACCCGGAAUCAGAACCCAAGGAGCAUUCUGGGAACUUUGCAAUGCUUUUAUUCAUGCGUACACCGAACUGGUCUUCAAAGUCAAGGAGGCCAAGAGUUUAACCGCACUUUUCCCAAUAGAUGUGAUUAUGCUUCUCCGGCCUCUCCAGAAGGCUGUCAAGGAGACGAGUCAGCUCAUUCAGACUUCACCAUGGUCCUACAUGGCUGCCCUCCCUCAAUCAAACAAUGGCGUCAAUGGUCCUUACGGAGUCCAAUCGCCGGCUGUCCAAAUGGCACUGCCAAUGACUCCUCAGAGUGCCGCACUUGGCCCUGCUGUUCAAGCCACUGUUCCUUCAACGCCACAAAGCGCAACUUUCAAUGGCAUGUUCAGCGGCAAUGUCUUCGAACGGGCCGAUGCCUUGAUGUCGAUGAAUGGCUCCUCGGUUGCCUCCUCACGAGCUGGAACGAUGACCUCAUCAAUGGGAUCGAAUGAUGGUUCAAUGACUCCUGCCUCGAUGCUGAGCCCUAUGAACUCAUUCGGAUCAAGAUACAAUAGUGGAAAGGUCACCUUCUGA